AUGUCUGCUAACAAGGAACUGGCUCCCAAGUUGCCAUCUACUCCAAAGCAUGAGAAGAGAAGAACAAAAGAUGCCUCUUCCUUAGUCCCAACUAUCAAGGAAGGCAAAGAACUUCCAGAAUUAAGAAGGAAGCCAAGUGCGGCAGAUAAUUGGAAGCACCCUUCCUUACGGAAUGAUUUCAUCCCAGAAGAGAUUUUUGUUGCUCUCACCUCUGCAGCCAACCCUGUCCCCUGCCCUUCCUAUCUCAGGCCUCCCACAAAAACCAAAUAUAUGAAAGACUUACAGGGCUGCAUUCGCACUGCUGAUGGAGUUUGGCAGCAUCCUAUUCGUCGAAAUAGGUUUCGCUACCUGAUACAGAAUCCCAUCUGCCUGACUGGAGCAGGAAGGGAUGCCUCUUUUCUGUUUGAUGUCAUUGCUGAGAAAGAGAGGAGGGAUACUCCCCCAUCUCCUCUGUUGGAUAAGACUCCACCCAGUAAAAGUUCCAAGGACGAAGCAGCUGUCACCAAACCACCAGGAAAUAUAGCAGAUAGCAUUGUCCCAGAGGAAUUUCACGUAGUAAAGAACAAAGGUGUCAUAGGUUUGGAAUAUUAUGAUGAUAAAUAUACAACUCUGCUUGAAGACCAUGAAAACAGGCUGCGAGUCUUCCCAUCCUUGAAGCCGUCUGGGAGGCUGGAGGUUAUCCAGCUGAUGAAGGUCAUGGACACAAUGUUGGAAAGGGCUGGAGUAACUGAUGAGGGCGCUGAGAUUACGGGCGUUUCUCAGAUGCGCAAUGCCCUAGAACUGCUGAAGGUGGAGCAGAAUAUCUACAACAUAGUGUUUCAUGAGAUCAUUCGACAAGUCAGCGUGGACUGUGUGGAACGAGGAGAACUCCUCUCUAAGCUCAGGCAAAGAUAUGUUUUGCUGAUGAAUCGGAUUCCCAGGCAGAUGAAGGAUGUCUACAAAGAAAUGGUAGCCCAGAGGGUGCUUGACAAGCACAUCACGGAGGAAUUGUUCAGGUUUAAGGAAGCUGUCGGAGAACUGACAAGGGAACUGCAGAUGGUCCGAGAACAUGACAACAGAGCAACCAUCGACGCAGAACUGGCCUAUAAGGAACUCGCCAGGGCAAUAUGGGAUGCUGAGUUGAAUAAAAACCUUUUGGAUGAAUACCGUCAACUGUAUGAACUGCAGAGAGCAAGACUUGAGGCCCAAAUUCACCAGCUAACUGAAGAGAAAGAACUCUGGAGUGGUGCUGCAUAUGACCUUGCCCUCAAGGUGAUUGACAAGAACAAGGUGAUCUUGGCUCGCAGGCUAUAUGGUAGUGAAAAGGCCUGGAUCAAUGUCAUGAGGCACUUCGCUAUUCUUUUGACAUCAGAGGAUGCCAAGGAUCUUUCUUGUCUGCAGCAGCUGACACAGGAGUACAGAGAAUUCCUGCGCCAAAUUGACGCAGAGAUAAAUCAAGCUGAAGACUCUAGCAGGCAGCAAUUAAGUACCAUUAUGAAUGGCAUGAAUAGGUGGCUCAGUUACUUCCGGGAUGAUUUCCUUGGAAAAGGAACUUACACUUCUGCAAAAGGAGCUGUCUUGUUGAAUGAUAUCCUAGUGGACCUCAAAGACUGGGAGAUGAUACUGAACAAGCAGUUGGAUCUGUAUGGGGGAGAUGUUCACCUGGCAAGGAUACAGCCCCUGGUGAAAGCUGAAAAGCUUCAGAAAGAGUGGAUGGAGCUAGGAAGGGCUGUGCUUAGCCGCCACAAGACUCUCAAGGGCGGUAUGCCUCCUGAGUGGAAGCUGCUGGAGGAAAUCAACGAAGACUGCAAACAUCUCUGUCAUCAGUAUGCUAUAAGGAGCGGUGGGGACAAUGGAGUCACAAGGAUUUUAACAAGUUUGAUUAAUAGUUUGGAAGACUGGGAAUUCAAAUUGUUAGCCAGCAAGCCAAAGUCAGAGAUGCUUGAAAAUGACUGGGUGAAAUUUUUCCAAACUGUUACUGACUGGCUGAUUCAGAUGAAUGAUCUGUUGAAGUUUACUGGUUCCUGUGAAACUCCAGAGGACCGAAGGUUUAGAAUAAUUCAUAUCCUGAUAGAACCAGAGGAUGUUUUUAAGAAGAUUCCGCAGUGGCUCCUGACCACCAGUAAUAGUUCUGAGAGAGGAAACAUCCAACUUGCCCAGGAAAUGACAGAGUUCCACAGCAUGCUGAGUAAGUGGAUGGUGAACCUGCUGCUGUUCAUGGUGCCAGACCAUACCUCUCGCGAGAGCCUUCCUUUGACCGAUGCAGAAAUAAAGAGACGGGAACAGCGGAAGCUGCUGGAUGUUUUCAGCCUGGAAGGAGAAGCUGCGAGCCUGGCUGUCAAGAUGAGCAAGUUUUCCAGUUAUGUCUUAAGCUGCUGCAAGGAGAUGGUGUCAUCGAUAACACAUAAGCACAUGACUAAUUUUGAUCCGGAUCCAGAAUAUGAAUUUAAACAGUUGGGUAAGAUCCAGACAGAAUGCUUAGACUGGAUCCAAACCUGCAAUAUUAUCCUAUCUGGAAUGAAGACCACACCUACCACUUUAAUGAGCACAGAGGAGCUGAUUGGCCUGUUUGGGACAGAGGCACUUCAGCCAAAACGCCAACUGCCGGACAGGGACCUCUCUCCCGUUGAAUCAGAACAACCUCCCACAGAGCGUAAGGAAGAUGAAGGUUGGGAAUCUGGCAGUAAGGACACCAUGCCUGAGAAGCAAACGCUGGAAACAGAGCAGAAAACGGCCGUGCCCGGCACAAGCGCUGACCAAGAAGCUGAGAGUGCUGAGGGUUCACAGUUGAUCAGAUACAUUGGACCUGAUUCUAAUGUGCAUGUUAAGACGGUUGAGACGGAACAAGUCACAGUCUCAGGGAGGGAGCUGUAUGCUAGCCAGUGGACCACUAAAUACUCAAGGAAAGAAUUUCAGAUGCUAGCUUCUCUGGAAAUUCUGGAAGAACGGCUCCUGGAAGCUGAACAGCGGGCCCAGCAAGCUGAGGAAAAAUCAGAAAGCCUUCAUGAGCAGCUGGAAGAAGCUUUAACAAAACUCCAAGACUUGGAGGAUGGGGAACCAAUAGAGGAGACAACCCCAGAAAUACAAUCAAAGCGUAAAUCAGUAGCUCUGCCAUCUGAGGAAACACCUGAGCCAGCACGCCCACAUGUUGCUUCAUCAAAAUCAUCCACUAAGGCUAGGAAGUCCAUGAAACCCAAGCGUUAAACAACAUGACGACCUCAAGAAAGCCUUUGGGCUCCUACUUGUAGCUGAUAUGGGGCACUGUUUGAAGACUACUUAUGACCCUGUUAAUAUAUUAACAUGGUUCAUGGACAGCCUUUGGCUGAACCCAGAUGGACUGUUUCCCAAGUCUUUAUUCACUGGUAAAAUAUUUAAAGAGUGGGGUUUCCCUGUCAGUGUAUUCACCCACAAAAUGGAGGAAAAUUUUGUUUUGAAAUGUGUCAAGAUCUUCCCCA